AUGGUGAAGCAGUUGCCGGCGCCUGCAAAGGACUUCUCAUCAAUUGCUCGUCGACUGCUUCUGAAUCAUAAUUCCUGGGAAAAUUCACAGCUGCAUCACAGAUGUGAUCUCUGUGACCGUCUCAGAAGCUUAACCGCUGAGAAGCUCACAGCACCGAUCGAGAAGCCUUAUGAAGUGGUGAAGCCGAAUAAGGGCUUAGUUGGUCGACCUUCUCUGGGACGGAAAACUAAAGUUAUUGUGAAACGUGUGAGAGAGUUCUUCGAGGAACUCAAGAAACAAAUCGGAGAACUAGGUUAUGGUACGAUCCUGAAUUCAGCCGCUGUAAUGACUGGCUUAGCAUGUGGUGUUUCAUGUAAAACCGUGACUAGGAUCACAAAAGGCCCAGAGUGCAAGAAAAAGUCCAUAGUAGAUCGGUAUACCAUACGUAAAGCCAAUUUCAAGAAAUAUGGUCCAGAGUGGGGUGAGGUAGUUCGUCAUUUCGUUCAUAAUGAGUUUUAUCACCAGGGGAAUGUUACAAUGGUUCUUUCCGCACCCGAACAACCUGACCGUUAUUCCCUUGCGCAAAGCGACAGCGACAAUAAGGAAUCUUUACAACAAGCUGUUCCGUCCCCGACGCAGAGCAGUGUCACAUAUUCCAUAUCGCCGGAAGAUGAUGAUUGCAAAUCACAUCUAGAACAGAUAGUACCUCCCCUAACGCGGAACAAUGACACGUACACUCUUUCGCAAAAGGACAGUGACCGCAAGUCACUUCUGGAUCAGACGGAUCCACCUCUAUCGCCUGCUAGUACUACCUAUUCUCUUUCGUGUGAUGAUGACGAAUCUAUGGAGCUUCUGGAAGAGCCAACUAGCUCAAGGGAGGAAGUUUGGGACAGAUCACCUACUGAAGAAUUAAACGCCUGUGAUUUGAUCUCUGGCGCAGUUUCGCAGCAACAGGGUGAACAGAAAGGUCGAUGUUGCGAACUCUGCAGUCGGAUCCGAAGCCUAACCGCUGAGCGGCUUACAGCACCUCUCGAGAAGCCUUACGACAGCUUGACACCACGUCGUCGUGUUCACACUUCCCGACCUGCAAUAGGACGAAAUGCUAAGAUCCUUAUUAGGCGUGUGAGGAAAUUUUUUGACGAGCUCAAAAAACAGCUAGGAAAUGAAGCUCAUGGAACUAUCUUGAGCUGCGCCAAUGUAAUGACAGUGUUAGCAUGUGGCGUUUCAGCCAAUACCAUAUCCAGGAUACCAAGAGAACUCCCGGAAGAAUGUAAAGUUAAAGAAUUGGAAGGUAAAAAUGAGAUGCAGGCAGCUUGUUUCAAGAGAUUCGACAAAGAAUGGAGUGUACCAGUUCGCUACUUUGUUAGUAAUCUGAUGAAGCACGAGAAAUACAUUGCGAUAGGUGAACUUCACAGCAAACUUUGUUUCGCUUUCGCUGACUUCCCAAUGUCACCACCGAUGUUACACGCUUUCUUGGGAGCACUGGGUACUUUUUUCAGCUCGAAUCAGUUUGCCACUAUGAACCGCGAUCAACGCCGCAAACACAGAGCCCAGAAGGAGACGGAAUGGAGGCGUAUAGGAGAACGAGCGAGGGAGCUCAUCCCCGAAUGGAUUCAGUCGAAGCGCAUAAAGGAGUUGCCAGUGGAGGUUACCGAAGAUGUGUUCUUUCCGAAACCUCAGCAUCUCGGAAUCCAUUACUGUGUAGUGUGUGGCCUGCAUGGUAAAUUUCGGCUUUGUCAGCAUAUAAGGAGGGCACAUCCAAAGUUUGAAAAGGACAGCGCCGAGUUCAAGGCAAGUACUUCAAUUCUUGUGUGGAAAGUGGAAGUGGUCGAGCAAGUAAGCCGAGGGAUUACGGAAAAUAUGAAGAAAGCCGCAGUUGAUGUGCACAAGAUUCCGUGCCCUUUGACUGCUAGAGAGUAUAACAUCUAUAAGGGAUUCGUGGACCAAUUGCGCGCUGGAGGAAUCCCCAUUCACGGCCACUACGAUCCACCGCCGCCUGAGCUGACCGAGACCGACCGAUUGAUGCGCGCCAUGUCGGAUCUUCGUGAGAGCAUUGAUCGUCGGUGCUACACGGAUGAACCCGGUCCAUCCGGACUCGACCAGUCGUAUACCAUGCAAGCGAGGCAGGCCCCAUUAGUAUUAGGGUCCCCAGGUAGCUCGCCGCCUUUACCGCGUUAUCACAUGCGUAUAGUACGAAAGAAGCCGAGAAUGGAAACGACAUCCCCACGAUUGCCAAGCCUAGCGUCAGACAGUGACGAUGACAGUUUAGAAAAGGAGGAGUACUGGGUAGGUGUAAUUUGUACUGCCGUGAGCCGAGCAAGAUAUCGCAAGGUAUCUUCUCAAUAUUAA